CAGAGAGGCAGACAGGCACGCUGUCUCACCUCCGGACUGUGAAUCAUGUCUCCGUACCUGUGAGCGGAUCAGAGCGACAGACAGGCAGACAGACAGACAGACAGGUCGGCAUGAAAGUGAUGUCAUCGCUCCUCCUCCUCCUCCUCCUCCUCCUCCUCCUCCUCCUCUCUGCUCCCGCCUCGCCGCUGGAGUUCCGUUACCAUGACAACAGUGAGAUGGAGCAGUACCUCCUCCACGUCAACGCCUCGUACCCCGACAUCACACACCUGCACAGCAUCGGCCAGAGUGUCCGGGGUCAGGAGUUGUGGGUUCUUGUUUUGGGUCGCACUCCAACUCGUCACACCGUCGGCAUCCCAGAGUUCAAAUACAUCGCCAACAUGCACGGCAACGAGGUGCUGGGCCGGGUGUUGCUGCUGCAGCUGAUCGAUCAUUUGGUGCGUGGUUACCGUGACAACGAGCCGUGGUCGUCACGGUUACUGAACAGCACCAGGAUCCACAUCCUGCCGACCAUGAACCCUGACGGCUUCGACGCCGCGGACACACACUGUCUGUACAGCCAGGGCAGGUUUAACUUCAAUGGAGUGGAUCUGAACAGGAACUUCCCUGAUGCUUUCGCCGGUCGCCGACGGCAACAACAACCUGGUGACAAGAAGAGGGAGGUGGAGGUCAGGGCUGUGAUUGGCUGGCUGAGGACAGAGAGCUUUGUUCUCUCGGCCAAUCUGCACGGAGGAGCUCUGGUGGCCAGUUACCCAUAUGAUAACAGCAAUGGAGGCAGCGAGCUGGUGGGCGGGGCCAGCGUUACCCCCGACAACGAUGUGUUUGUCCACCUGGCCAAGGUCUACUCCUUCCACCACACCUCCAUGCACCGCGGCGACAGUUGCCAUGACAGCAGGCCGUUUCUGGAUGGCAUCACCAACGGUUACCAGUGGUACCCCCUGCCAGGGGGCAUGCAGGACUAUAACUACGUGUGGUCUCAGUGUCUGGAAGUGACUCUGGAAGUUUCCUGCUGUAAGUUUCCUCCCGUCCAGCAGCUUCCUGUCCUGUGGAGAGACAACCAGAGAGCUCUGCUGGCCUUCAUGCAGCAGGUGCACCUGGGGGUGAAAGGUCGCGUGCUGGACAGCUCAGGUGUGCCGGUGCAGAACGCAGUGGUGGAGGUCAAAGGUCGCAGGAACCUCUGUCCAUUCAGGAGCGACCAACAUGGCGAAUACUACAGACUGCUGUUGCCAGGCAACUACACCUUCACUGUGACGUUUCCGGGUCACGAGGUGUUGACGGAGACUCUGAGCGUCCCGUACGGUCCUGAGCGUUUCUCCGCCCUCACACACGACUUCAGGCUGCGCCGCGCCGCCGCCCCCACGUCUGGCCCCGCCCCCACGCCCGGCCCCACCCUCACCUGCAACUCCUCAGCUCACCUGGAGGGGGGCGGGGCCUCUAACAGGCCCCAGUGGGCGGGAUUAGCCUGGUGUCUGGCUCUGGGGGCGGGGCUACAGGCCUUGUUGCACUGA